UAUACACGGUCACAUUGCUUGAAGAUUGUAUUAUCCAAAUAAAAAGAUUUUUGACAAGAAUUUCAAUACUUAUUUAAAGAAUGACUUCUAAUCAGGUUUUUAUCGAGGAUAAAAUUGGUAAAAGGUUGGAUCGUUGUGUUUCAGACACAUUAGUUAAAGGAUGUGGUGGUCUUAUUAUUGGAUCUGUUGUAUCUUUAUUGUUUUUUAAAAGACGAGCGUGGCCUGCAUGGGUUGGUACUGGAUUUGGAAUCGGGGUAGCUUACAGAACAUGUGAAAAGGAGAUAAGUUCCUUAAAGUGAAUAUUUUGGCUUAAAGAAUGUAAUUAUCAAUAAACGUUGACGAUGGGAAAA